AGGGAAUAGAUCUUAAAAGACAAAGUACUAAUAAAAAAUCCAAAAUAGAUUUAAGAGCGAGAGGAAGGAGGCCACCGUCAAUACACUCAAAGCUGGCGCCUUGUUUUCCCUCUCAUGUCUUGCAUUUCCUCAUCUUCCGCCAUUAAAAUCAACUUUUUUUUUCUCUCUUCUAACCCUAAUUUUUCCCUAUUUUCAUGCAAUUUUGAAAAAUAGAAUCCUAAUUUUUCAUCAUAUCAAUCAAAAUCAAUGAAAACCACAGGAAAACUCUUCACAGUAGGAUUGAUUACCUUUUGGUACUCGUCGAACAUUGGCGUAAUCUUAUCAAACAAGUAUUUAUUAAGCAAUUAUGGAUUCAAAUAUCCGAUUUUUCUCACAAUGUGUCACAUGACUGCUUGUUCUCUUCUAAGUUAUAUCGCCAUUGCAUGGCUUAAGGUUGUGCCGAUGCAAACUGUUCGAUCUCGUAUUCAAUUUGCGAAGAUCGCAGCAUUAUCGGCCAUUUUUUGUGCUUCUGUUGUUAGUGGUAACAUCUCUCUCCGUUAUCUUCCUGUUUCUUUCAAUCAAGCUGUUGGUGCUACGACGCCGUUUUUUACUGCCAUUUUUGCGUAUUUGAUGACCUUUAAAAGAGAAGGAUGGCUUACUUAUGUUACUCUUAUUCCUGUUGUUACUGGCGUCAUCAUUGCUAGUGGGGGAGAACCUAUGUUCAAUUUAUUCGGGUUUAUAAUGUGUGUCGGAGCAACUGCUGCACGAGCUCUCAAGACAGUUCUGCAAGGAAUUUUAUUAUCUUCUGAUUCGGAGAAGCUGAAUUCUAUGAAUCUCCUUAUGUACAUGGCUCCCAUAGCUGUUGUCUGCCUCAUUCCAGUAGCACUCAUAAUGGAGGAAAACGUAGUUGGGAUCACAGUAGCUCUUGCUCGAGAAGAUCGCAGCAUUGUUUGGUAUUUGCUCUUAAAUUCUGCACUCGCUUACUUUGUGAAUUUGACCAACUUUUUGGUCACAAAACACACAAGUGCAUUGACUCUCCAGGUUUUGGGAAACGCCAAGGGAGCUGUUGCUGUUGUUGUCUCGAUUUUGAUAUUCAGGAAUCCUGUAUCAGUGACAGGCAUGCUCGGAUAUUGUCUCACUGUGAUUGGGGUUGUUCUCUACAGCGAAGCCAAAAAACGGAGCAAAUGAAGAAGUUUCGAUAUACAGAACUGUAAUUCAUUAGUUUUAGGCCACCAAACAUGUUGCAGACUUCAUGUUAUGGUGAAAAUUUUGGGAACUUUGUCUAGCAAAUCGAAGACCCAAAAUAGAUCCAAUUUGUUAAGCAGUGACUUGUUUACACAGGAUCAUGAUGUUUUACAACUACUGCUAUAAGUAAGAUUUUUUCUGUCUUGAGAUUAUUCUCAAUCUGAUAGUGUUUUAUUUAUUUAGGGGAUACAAUUGGAUUCUUAAUCACAGUACUCAGUAAUUUUUGUUCUGAUUGAAAUUCACAUAAUGUUUUAUUUGUACGAGAAAUAAUUUUUGUAGUACAAAGUUGAAUUCUAGUGCUGCUUAUGAAUUUAGAGUGAUAUCUAAUUUGCAAA